AAAUAAGGAGACUGCAGUGUACUGUUCUUGUUAGUUGUUACUGUUAUUCACUCCAUUCAAGUGGGCAGCGAAGUCAGUGGUACAAAUGGCAGAGACGGCAACAACGUUGAAAAGCCCAUCAAUUUUGGAAAUCAGAUAACACUCGUUUCGUUCUGACAAUUCCAAAAUCCUAGAGAAUUCAGCUUUCUAAUUUUGCAUUCUCUCUCUCUCUCUCUUUUUUUUUUUUUUUGUUCACUACGGCAUUUCAGAACCCUAGAAUUCGCUCAGGAUUUGCCGUCCAGUGCUGGUUAUCUCGGAAUCCAUGUGUCGUUGUUAAGUUCUGUUUUGGGUUUUUGGCGAUUAUGGUAGUGCAAAAUAGCUCGAUCGGUGCUUGGAUCCGUCACUUCCUCGCUUGCACUGGUAAAAAUGGGUUGAAAAGACUGGCGCUAUUAACUAAUACACAAAUGGGGACGUACGAUUCUGGUGGAUUGGGAACACCAAAGGAGGGAAAUGCAGCUAUUUCCAAUGCAGAGAAACAAUUCUGGUUGCUUUGGAUGCUGCUCUAAACCCACACCAAUUAUUGCUGUUGAUGAGCCAUCAAAGGGACUGAAAAUUCAAGGGCGCAGGGUGAGAAAACCUAGUAUAUCAGAUGAUUUUUGGAGUACCAGCACAUAUGAUCCAGACAACAGUACCAUUCAGUCUCAAAGAAGCAUCUCAUCUAUAAGCACAUCAAACCAGACCCUCAAUUCUGGCAGUGGGAUUGGUAGCAAAAGCUGCAAUUCUCACUAUGUAAAUCAUGGCCUUCUGCUCUGGAAUCAAACCAGGCUUCAAUGGACUGGAAGUAGCAGGUCCAGGGAUCAAACUCAACAAAGUCGGGAACCCCAAUUAAGUUGCAACGUGACCUAUGAAAGUUUUCUAGGGACCAAACAGCCUUUCCCCCAGCCCAUUCCUCUAUCUGAGAUGAUAGAGUUUCUGGUAGAUGUAUGGGACCAGGAGGGGCUGUAUGAUUGAGGAAGUGUAUUCAUAUGAAGAUCUCACUCUGAAACUCAAGUGUCUUUCGUAUAUAGUUGGGACAAACGAGGAACAGAAGAUCAAACAAAUUUUUCCAUCUCAAUUGUAAUGCUACAUGCCAAUGACAAUAUUAUCUUCUUUUUCUUAAUCUUUAUCUUUCUUCCCCUUUCUCCUGCAUAUGCCCUAUUGGACAUGCCCCCUCUACCAUAUUCAAACUGAAUACAGAUGUAAAUGUGUAGUUAUACUGAAACUUGAUGCUUUCUUCUUUU